AUGAUGAGGUCAAUAUUCACAGAAGCUCUACCUGGCCAUGCAGAGAAGCAGUCGCACGAAAAUGAAGAUGACAAGACGAAUCCAAAUUACCUCACCGGCUGGAAGAUGUUCGCAGCUGUCAUAUCGCUCAACGCUGCCAACGGCGUCGCCUUUAUCGACCUCCUGGGUGUCACCGCUAUUCUUCCUGCUGUAUCCGUUCACUUCGACACUGGAGGUCCCAUUGCUUGGGCCGCAACCACUCAACUUAUCGGAGCCACAGUCGGUCUCGCAGUCUUGGGGUAUCUCAGCGAUGUCUGGAGUAGACGAAUGAUGCUGCUUGUUGCCCUCGGUUUGCUGACAGCCAGUGCUCUUGCAUGUGGCUUGAGUAGCUACCAGCUGAGCACCGAUCUCUUCUGUGCUUUGAGGACCUUCUCAGGCAUUGCGACCGGAAGUGUGAGCAAUCUCGUCAACAUUGCGCAGAACGACUUCCUCCCCGAGAGAAAGAGGUUGAAAUAUCAAGGCAUACAAGGCACUUCAGUCGCCUUGGGAAGCAUUACUGGAAUGCUUGUCGGCGCGGCUCUCGCUAUGAACGGCAUCUGGGAAGUCUUCUACUAUAUCGAGGUUGCACUGUCAGUGAUUGCAAGCAUCGCUAUCUUCCUCUUUGUCCCGGCAAACUGCACCCCACCAAAGAAACAGCAAAUAUGGGACGCAGUCAAGACAAUCGACUUUCUGGGGAUUAUCUCGGGAAUUGGCGUCGUCGUCGUCCCAGGCCUCUUGCUCUUGUGCAAAUACUACCUGCUCCAGCAAGCCGUGCUCAUCGCUAUGGGCGUCAUCGCUGGCAUAUCCUUGAUCGUCUUCUUGUUCUUCGGAUUCAAGACCAAGCGUGGCUCCGUGCGCCCGAUUGUACCCUUUCGACUCUUCAGAAACCGAACCAUCGCGACGAUCCUCAUCCAGAAUAUCCUCUUCGGUGCGGCCUACUACUCAUUCUCAUACUAUCUCCCUCUCAAUCUGCAAGUCGUCCGCGAGAUGCCGGAAAUUGAAGCUUCCGCCAUGCAAGUCCCUUAUUACGUCUGCCACGGCGUCUGGUCGACAGGGUCUGCACUCAUCAUUCUCAGGCUGCAAAAGAUGAAGAAGAGAAGCUAUUCAACAAUUUUCCUUGUCGGUUUCGCGGUCUGGACGCUGGCCAUGGUCCUUCUUGGCGUGGACAGCGAGUAUCGAGUACCUGGCCUGGUCGCCGUCUUGGGCGUCCUUGUCGGUAUUGGCACUGGUUCAUCGUUCCAGAACUCAGUUAUGGCAAUCUCUGCACAAGUCGAUAAGGAGACCAAAGGCGUCGCCGUUGGCACCAGAAACGUUUUGCGCUUCUUCGGCGGCGCACUAGGCACUGCAAUCUCAUCAACAAUUCUCAGAGACCGCCUCGUCGCCACCCUGCCACCUGAACUCGAUUACCUCGCCGAGUCGACCUUCUCGCCCUCUCUAUUCGAACUCACCGAACAAGACCAGGUGAUCGCCCAAGAAGCAUUCGAUGGUGCCAUCGCUUUCGUGUUUUACAUUUCUGCGGCAAUGGUGGGCGUCUGCUUCUUGCUAUGUCCGUUGAUUAGGGACAACACAACGGGUAAACCUACAGAUGAAGAGGAGGUUGUUGGCAUAAAAGCAACCUCGUCUUCAGAUGAUGAUAGUGCAAGCGAAGAUCAACAAGAGGAGGAUGACGUCGACUCAAAGAAAUCUUCACUGGACAUCCCACAUGAGCGGCAAGCUGUCCCCUUCGAGCUGGCUGUCCAUCGACCUGUCUCUGCCCCCAACACUACAUGA